AUGAAGUUCACAACUACCCAGUUUCUUGCUGCGCUUGGUUUUGCGAGCUAUGCCGCAGCUGAUUUUCACAUCCUAACAGGACCAUGCUCUAUCGCCCCUGGAUGGGGUGGCAGUCUUGAAGACUACGCCGUUGCCUGCCCUUCCAACUACUACAACUGCAAAUGCAUGCUAGAUGGAGACCGUACCGGCCAUGUCAUUAAUGGUGAAACACCAACAUUCGGCAUUCACCAAACUGGAUCUAAUUAUUUCGAGCUUGACGGCAUGUGUGGCGUGGGAAACAUGAACUUUUAUCUCCAGGGCGAUGGUACAUGGUUGUUCUACAUUGCUGGAGGAGACGGCUCCGUGCAGGGUCAAUGCUGGCCUGGUGAUAACAGCAUCACGGACUGCAACGAGUUCAGCGCGGCCUGCAGUUUGAGCAACAUCUUGGUGUGCUAUUCAUACAUUUGCGAACCAUGA